AUGGCUAUUGAUCAACUUCUUUCAUCUUUGUCCUCCAUCUUUCCACUCAAAGACUUGGGUCUCCUACAUUACGUUUUGGGGAUCGAAGCCCGUUUCACUGCCAAUUGCUUAGUUCUCUUUCAGGAGUGGUACAUCUUGGAUCUUUUCACUCGUACUAAGCUUGAUGGUGCCAAGCCGGUAUCCUCUCCAAUGGUUGCUUCUUCGAAGCUCUCUUGUGAUUUUGGUACUCCAUUGUCUGAUCCAUCAGAGUACCGGAGCAUUGUUGGUGCUUUACAAUACGUCACCAUCAUGAGAUCCGACAUCUCCUUUGCAGUUAAUAAGUUUUGUCAGUUCAUACAUUCACCAACUGAUGAACACUGUUACUCUCCUAUUCAAACUCUUGGAAGAGAGGUGUUCAAGCUUGUCAAAAAUCUUGGUUCUGUAGCACAAGAUUCCUUGGAAUGGAAAAGAAAAUAUGAGAAGAUCUUUUCAAAGCAGAAAGCUGAGGACCAAUCAAGUGCAGAAAUAGAAACUCUCAAAUCCAGAACCAGUGCUGCUGAAGCAAGGCUGGUUGUUGCUCGUGAACAAGCAGAAGCACAGUCUGCACAAGAAGCGGUAGAGGAAUGGAAAUGGAAGUAUGAUGUUGCUGUUAGAGAAACCAAGGCUGCUCUAGAGAAGUCGGCUAUUGUGCAAGAGCGAAAAAAUAAGCAGACACAAUUAACAGAAGAUUCUUUAAGGGAGGAAUACUCUGCAAUUUUGGAUGAAAAGGAAUAG